AACAAGAUUUUAGAAUUAAGCAGAGGUAAGUCUCCACUGGAAUCCCAACAAGCUGAGAAGAAGGCCCCACCGGCAGCGCCUGACAGGGAGGGUGAAGGCCUCCAUUUUUUUCACCGUUAUGUCCUCAACAAUAAACUUGGGGCCGUCUGCAAAUCCAAAUGCCAAACCUACUGAUUUCGAUUUCUUGAAAGUGAUUGGCAAAGGAAGCUUUGGAAAGGUCCUUCUCGCCAAGCGUAAAUGUGACAAUAACUUCUACGCAGUGAAGGUCCUGCAGAAGAAGACCAUUCUCAAGAAAAAGGAGCAAAACCACAUCAUGGCCGAGAGGAACGUCCUGCUGAAGAACCUCAAGCAUCCAUUCCUGGUGGGGCUGCACUACUCCUUCCAGACUGCCGAGAAGCUCUACUUUGUACUGGACUAUGUCAAUGGAGGGGAGCUAUUCUUACAUUUACAAAGGGAGAGAUGUUUCCUAGAACCCCGUGCCCGAUUCUAUGCGGCAGAAGUGGCUUGUGCCUUGGGUUAUCUCCACUCCCAGAACAUCAUCUACAGAGAUUUAAAACCAGAAAAUAUCCUGCUGGACAGUCAGGGUCAUGUGGUGCUCACAGAUUUCGGGCUGUGCAAGGAAGGCAUGGAACCUGAGGAGACCACUAGUACUUUCUGUGGAACCCCAGAGUACCUGGCCCCGGAGGUGCUCAGGAAGCAGCCGUAUGACCGUACAGUAGACUGGUGGUGCCUGGGAGCAGUGCUGUAUGAGAUGCUCUAUGGACUGCCCCCGUUCUACAGCCGUGAUGUAUCCCAGAUGUACGAUAACAUUCUGAGCCAACCACUCCAGCUCCCAGGGUGCAAGACCACAGCCACAUGUGACAUUCUCCGAGGGCUCCUCCAUAAGGAUCAGCGAUGCCGCCUGGGCGCUAAGGCUGACUUUCAAGAAAUCAAGAACCAUGUUUUCUUCAGCCCAAUUAACUGGGAUGACUUAUAUCACAAGCGGAUCGCUCCACCCUAUAACCCAAAUGUGGCUGGGCCUGGAGACCUGAGACACUUUGAUCCAGAGUUCACGCAGGAGGCGGUGCCCAGCUCAGUUGGCCGCACCCCUGAUUUGAACGUUAGCAGUUGCAGCAGCUCCAGCGCUUUUCUGGGAUUCUCCUACGCACAGAGUGACGAUGACUACUUGAGCUGAUGCCACAAUGAGAUUCUAUUUGUCCAUCAUGGAAGCAGAUUUAAGCCCUACUCUCCUUUCUCAGACUAGGGGCAUUUAAACCCUCACAAUCGAGAGGCAGCCCCAAAGCACCUCUUCUUUUGUGCCAUUGCUCUGGGUCUUAUCUGCUGUUUGCCGCACUGCGAUGUGGCGGGGCAUGGUGAGAGGACUUAAACUGAUGACUACUUGAUCUUAGUCUUAUGGAAGCAUAAGGAAAGGCUCCAAAUACUCCGACCCCAUUCAUUGGCAGCUGGCAUUUGGUACCUAAUAAGGAAUGAGCUACUAUAAUAUUAUAUUGUGUUUUCCAUUACUGCCUUUACCCCUUCAUCCCACUGCCAUCCCCUUACCUUGAUUUAUUUUACCUAAUAACAAUAUUUUAUGUAGGGUUACUUAUGUAUCAGUCUGGAGGGGUUGGACAUACCAGGAGACCUUAGACACAAAGGUCACUAAACAAGAUACCUUCUUCAUUAUUAUCUCUUUCUUCUUUCCUCCAGUUCUGUUUUUCACCUCUUCAUCUGCUUUCACCCUCGGGCACAAACUACCUCUUGAGCCAGUACUGGUUUUCCUUCUUUGUGAUAGCUUUCUAGUUCCUGUUCCUAACCCUUCCUCAUACUGUCCCUUCUUCCACCCUCUCUUUCUUUUUGUCCCCUCGCUCUUCUUUUCUCAGAGUUUCUACCUUUCUUUGUUUUGUACCUAACUAGUUUGGGGAACCAGGUAAUAAUAUAAAUGUCUAUCCUCCUGCUGUCUGGUUGACUAAUCCUGGCAACCAGGCUAACCAGAGAAUAGAAAGGCAAAUCAUUUAAAAAAACAAAGAACAAGUAACUGUGGCUUAGAUGAAUCCAUGUAGAACAGUACAUUGCAAGCUCACAUUGACCACAUUUACACAUAAAUCUGGCAGGCAGCAUUUUCGCAGCAAAACUCAAAAUGGCAUUUUACUCUUUAUACAGUGUCAGACUUGGACCUCAGGGCCCACCAGAAAACCAUAGGCCCACUAUCCAAACUAUUUUUCCUCCUUUUCUCGCCCGACCACUUCAUACUCCUAGGGGCAGAUUUAUCAAUACACGAACGCUGGGAGCGUUCAUCCGAACGCUCCGAGCGCAUCUUCACCGAUUUUUUCGGGCCCCGCACGACAAUUUCGGACGCCCUCGCGAUGCUUUCACAAAGGAUUCGGAGAGGCUCUGCCGCUGUUUGCAGUUGUUCGGUGCGAAAGUUUCGGCACUUUCGGAUCCCCAAUGCGAUAUUGUCGUGACUGGUACGAUUUUUUCGUGGGCAUUUUCGUGAUGUUUGCGAUCUUUAGAGGUUUCCGAGUUUUUCCCAUUCGGGAUUCGAACUUGUGUAUUGAUAAAUCUGCCCCCUAGUCUCUUUUACAUGCUAGAAUUUACUUCUCCAUCUAUUUCUCUACUUUGUUCCGAUUCAGAAAUAGGGAAUGACCACGAAGCAGGACAAAUGAUCAGGCAGAAGGGCCCACUGACACCUGGGCCCACUAGGAGUUUUCUGGGUAUCCUGAUGGGCCAGUCCGACACUGCUCUUUACAGAUUAUAGGCCCAAGAGGCACAUAAUAAGAUAAGCUAUUGGCUGCUUGUGAUUCAGUUCACAGCAGCCAGUUACUGAUAGCCUACUUAACUCCACCUAAAAACAACUUAAGCUUUAAGAAAAGUAAACAUAAUUUUAAACAACUUUGCAAUAUACAUCAGUUUAAAAAAAUGCAGCCUAUUAAUGAUUUUUAAUGUAAUAAUAUGGUUUGGAACAGUUCCCUAAGCCCCGCCCCCUGUUCCUCCCCACUAAUUUAGGUUCUGAAGCCGGAGUUGCCCCUUACAAUAGCAACCAUGGUAUGCAGGGGGCAUUCAGCUCUAUGAUAUCUGCCUAACUGGAUCCUUAGGCAAACUCAGCGACGUUACCCAUAACCCACUGUAUCACUUACUCAGUUCUGUCCUUUUUCUACCAAAACACUUCAUUUAUCCCAUCACGACCCGCUCAGCUGCAACACAAAAACGUCGAUUUUCACGAAAUAAAUAUUUUCCUCCUGGUUCAACAUUCCGUUUCAUUUUUGGAGGCAAGGUCUGCGCAUAUUGUGCCUGAAACCAAGGACUAUAUUUUUAUAAAAAUGUGAUACAGAUAAUAAAUUGUAUUUGACAUGAAGAAUAAAUAAAGCUGAUUGGUACAAACACA